AUGAGUGACCGAAUCGAUACCGAGGAGAUGACUAUAUAUCUACAGCAAGAUACCUUGACGCUAACAACUGGAGAUCACGAAAACGAGCGGGAAAAGGAGUGUCGUAAGAGGAGGCCCCACCACUGUGGCCGUUUUAGAAAUUUCGUCGAGCGCUUAGCACCGAUACGAGUGCCAGGUUCAUCCAAGUGUAUGUCACAGUUGGGUGGGUGCCGUGACAUGCUGUCCAGGAUAGGUCACGGAGCCGAAAACAUCCGCUGCGAUGAAGUUCUUCUGUCAAAGGACUUACCUUGA